AUGGGGCAACUGUGUGGCCGACGGUGUCCCUUCAUCCCUAGGCUGCUGGUUCUGCUACUUGUCACCACAGGCACUGCAGCUGUCCAGAUCAAGCCAGUGAGCGGUGUGCUGGGGCACUCGGUGCAGCUCCCUCUGCAGCUGCACCCUGGCAGCCGUGUGAAGAGGAUCAUCUGGAGCUUCGGAGCCAAUGCCAGCAAGAAAAUAGAAGUGGCGGAGUACAACCUGGAGUUGUCCGAGCAUCUCAAGUACAACAGGCAGAGGCUGGAGUUGUUCAAUAAGACAACGCUGCAGAUCGGUGCCCUGGAGCAGGGUGACAGUGGGGUCUAUGAUGCACACAUCACGUAUCAGUCAAAUGAGGUGGAUGAAUGUUCCUUCAACCUCACUGUCUACGAGCCUCUGCCAGUGCCCCUGAUCCAGCAUGAGAUCCUGUCCUACACUGCCCAGAACUGCAGCAUCAUCCUGCGGUGCUUGGUGCCGGCUGGAAGUGGUGCUCAGACCACCUGGCAGCACGACAACACCUCCAGUGCAACUUGGAGACAGAGUGACAACAGUGACGUGCUGCAGGUGACCAUCUCUGCCAGUGCCCUGAAUGCCAUCUUCACCUGUGUGGCCUGGAACCCGGCACAGGAGCGGAGCAAGUCCAUGGACCUGGCAGAACUGUGUGCACAAGACGCACGCAGGUGGAGGUGGCCCAUCUACCUGGCAGUGCUGGUGGGUGUCGUGGGAGCCUUGAGCAUCGCGCUGUACCUGCUGAAGAGGAAGAGAAAGGCUCACAAAGGUGGGCGAUGCUGUGGGGUGAAGGCUGCAGCCAGGGGGGCAGCGGGCAGGCGGGAGGGUGCCGUCCCCAUCCCGCAUGGCCUCGCCUGUCCCACAGCUGCCGCCUGCCCCGAGGAGCUGCUGUACUCCCAGGUGCAAAGAAGAGACGUCGAGGACAGGGACGAGCAGCCACACAGCUCCACCAGACUCCCAGUUCCUAUUUGCAUCAUUGCAUUCAGCUCCCCAUGGUUGUUUGCAAACAGUCAGGCCCUUUCAAGCGCAUCCAUCUCUGCAAGCACAGUACAAACCCACCCCCCCAAGCUCCCCAGUUCCCUUCCUGGCACCCUCACUUUUCCCCAAGAGCCAACCCUAAUAAAUAAGGGUUUCCAAUCCCCACCCCAUGGGAAGGUCUCCGAUGUCUCUGCCUGCAUCUCAUCCCCUGUCCCUUCUGCAGUCCCCCCUGAGGACCCCACCAUCGACGGAGCCCCCGAAAUCCUGCUGCGUGCGGGGACCCCCUACAACCUGACGUGCCGGGCACGCAGUGCCAAACCCGCUGCCACCAUCAUCUGGUACCGUGAUGGGCUGCAGCAGGACGGAGCCAUCACCACCACGGAGGUGCUGGCUGACGGCAAGAGGGAGACGACCACCAGCCUGCUGGCCAUCAACCCCACCGACCUGGACAUCGGACGCGUCUUCUCCUGCCGCAGCACCAACGAUGCCAUCCCUGCUGGGAAGGAAACCUUUGUCAAGCUCAACGUGCAUCAUCCCCCGACUGUCACCCUGUCCAUCCAGCCGCAGACGGUGCAGGAGGGCGAGCGGGUUGUGUUCACCUGCAUGGCCACCGCCAACCCUGAGAUCAAAGGCUACAGGUGGGCCAAGGGGGGGUGAUCAUUGAGGAUGAAGGAGAACAGGUACGACACGCAGGUGGACUACACUUUCUUCACCGAGCCCGUCUCCUGCGAGGUGCACAACGACAUCGGCAGCACCAACGUCAGCACGCUGGUGGACGUGCACUUCGCCCCUCGCAUCAUGGUGGCCCCCAAACCCACCGUCACCGACAUCGGCUCCGAUGUGACGCUGACUUGCAUGUGGUCCGGCAACCCCCCGCUGACCCUCACCUGGACCAAGAAGGAGUCCAACAUGGUGCUGAGCAACAGCAACCAGCUGUACCUGAAGUCGGUGACACAGGCGGAUGCAGGGCAGUACAUCUGCAAAGCCAUCGUCCCCCGUAUCGGCGUGGGCGAGCGUGAGGUCACUCUCUAUGUCAAUGGGCCCCCCAUCAUCUCCAGUGAGGUGGUACAGUACGCGGCACGUGGAGACCGUGGCAAAGUGGAGUGCUUCAUUGGCAGCACGCCGCCCCGGACCAUCGCCUGGGCUUGGAAGGAGAACAUUUUGGAGGCAGGGACGCUGGAGCGCUACACGGUGGAGAGGACCACGAUGGGGAGCGGGGUGCUGUCCACCCUCACCAUCAACAAUGUGAUGGAGGCCGACUUCCAGACCCACUACAACUGCACCGCCUGGAACAGCUUCGGGCCAGGCACCGCCAUCAUCCAGCUGGAGGAGAAAGAGGUCCUGCCCGUGGGCAUCAUUGCCGGGGCCACCAUUGGGGCCAGCAUCCUCGUCAUCAGCUUCCUCGUGGCACUCGCCUGCUUCCUCUACCGGCGUCGGAAAGGAAGUCGGAAGGAUGUCACCCUGCGCAAGCUGGACAUCAAGGUGGAGACGGUGAACAGGGAACCACUGACACUGCAUGCUGACAGGGAGGAGGAUACAGCCAGCGUCUCCACUGCCACCCGUGUCAUGAAGGCCAUCUACUCGUCGUUCAAGGAUGACGUGGACUUGAAGCAGGACCUGCGCUGCGACACCAUCGACACCCGCGAGGAGUACGAGCUGAAGGACCCAACCAAUGGCUACUACAACGUCCGUGCCCACGAGGACCGCCCAGCCUCCCGCACUGUGCUCUAUGCUGAUUACCGCGCUCCAGGACCGGCCCGUUACGACGCACGCCCACCCUCACGCCUGUCCCACUCCAGUGGCUACGCACAGCUCAACACCUACAGCCGUGGCCCUGCAUCUGAGUACAGCGCAGAGGCAGCAGCGAGCACCGGGGCCCCUCCGGGCACAGCAGGUGGUGAAACAGCCAGCCAGCUCUCCUAUGAGAACUACGGGGGGCACGCUGCCUUCCCAGCCGGCGGUGGCUACGGCGGGUACCGGCUGGGCUACGGGCAGCCCACCAGCCUGGAGCGGGCACCCUACGAUGCCUACGACCCCAUGGGCAAGUACGCCAGUGCCACCCGCUUCUCCUACACCUCCCAGCACUCGGACUACGGGCAGCGCUUCCAGCAGCGGAUGCAGACACACGUUUAGGGUGGGCAGAGGGUGGUGGGUGAUGGGGUCUUGGUGACCGUCCCCUGAUAUUCAGGGGCACAUCAUGACCCCCUCGCUCCACUCCUGCUUGUGCUGGGUCCCUUUUCUUCGAGCUUCCACUCCCCACUGGGAUAUUGGUUGUCUUUGCGGUACCUUCUCCAAGGAGUCUGGGGUGUCCUCCUCUGCUGGACCCCCCAGACUCUUCCCUGUCUCAGCUGGGGGGACCCUGGAGCCCUCCCAAUGGGGGCAUGGCCCUACCAGCACCACCCGUCGUAUGGCACAUGGGAGAUGCUCUGUGUGCAUAUACAUCUAUAUGCACACAGAGGUGCUGUGCCUGGCUUCUGUUUUCUCCCUAAAACGCCCCAUCCCAGCCUGUUGCCAUUCCCUGUGCCUUGACUCUGGGGACACCCCACGCUCAGGGUUGGCUCCCUUCCGUCCAUCUGUCCGUCCAUCCCGGUACAGCAAGCUCAGCAGAGCCCCCAUACGCACAGCCACAGCAAUGGGACGGGAGCCCUCUGUGAAUGUAUAUACAGGUGUAUUGGAGAGCAGGGCUGGGCUCACCCCUGGAGAAGGGUUUUGGUCCCCAGAUGGGCACUGAGGUCAGCAGGGACCUCGAUUCUGCUCAGAGCAAGGAUUGAGGCUGCAGAUGAGUGCGGUGGUUUUGGGACUUACAAUGUGAGUGUGGAGGCACAAUGCUGGGAUGGGGGUGCACCCCCAUGGACCCUUGGGAUUAGGUACGAAGCUCCCUCACCACCUGCUUGGCUCUGGCAUAGGGAGGGGGCGGGCUCGGUGGCCCCUGUCCUGCAGAACUUCCUCCUCCUCCUCCUCCUCCUCCUCCUCCUCGCUGCCCCAUGGCACGCAGGUACGAUUUGGCCGCAGGACGGUUUGGGAAGGGGCACGGCCGGGGGUCCCCUACCCCUCCUGUCCCCACUGGGUUUAACCACGACCCCAAAGGUACUGUCAGGACGGUGCUGAGCCCAACCCAGCCUGAGCCCCCACCCCGGCUGGACCACGUGCCAUUUCUCGCAAUGGUGCCUGAUGUAACCCUGGCUGUCGCCCCAAAUGCUGCACCCCACAAUAGCAAUAGCACCCCGGCAGCAUCCCACCCCGAAGCCAAGCUGAAGCUUUAAACACUCCCCAGGGUGGGGGAGUGGGAACAGGACCGCCUCCCCCCCCGGCCCAAAGGGAGCCCUGGGACAGGUGGCAGCGGCCGGAGCGUGGGGGCAAGUGGGUUCCCUCCCAGCACAGGCUGUUGUAGACUCCCCCCCCCUAGAGACACGUAUCUGUGACCCCUACCCUGCCCCCCAAACCCGCCAUUUUUUUAUUUUCCAUUUUCCUUUUUUUAAAUAUUAUGUACUAUAUUUUUAGUCUUAAACACGAUAUAUUAUAUAUA